GAGUGGGAGGUGAAGAGGAGGAGAAAGUGGGAAAAAGAAGUGGAGAUGGAAAAGGAAUAGAGAAGGAGGAAGAGGUGGCCGAGAAAGGGGAGGAAGGAUUGGGAGAGACUGGGAGUGCAGGGAUGGAAAAGGAGGUGAAGGUGGACGAGGAUGAAGGGAAGGGAGAUAUUCCAGGGCAAAAGAGGAAAAACAAGAAGAAAAAGCCAAAGGGGGAAACAAAAGAGACAAAGAGUGAAGAGGAGGAAACCCCAGGGAAAACUGGGAAAAGGAAAUCUAAGGAAGGAGAAGAAACAAAAGAGGAAGAAAAGAACAAUAAAAAGACUAAAAAACAGAAGGAAGAAGAAAAAGAAGCAGAAAACAAAUGGAAAUGGUGGGAAGAGGAGAAGAAGGAAGAUGGAGUCAAAUGGAUGCAGCUGGAGCACCGAGGGCCCUACUUUGUGCCCCCCUACGAGCCCCUGCCCGAGGAUGUGCAGUUUUAUUACGAUGGAAAACCCUUGAAGCUGAGCCUGGCCACGGAGGAAAUCGCCACCUUUUAUGCCAAAAUGUUGAAUCAUGAGUACACCACCAAGGAGAUCUUCCAGAACAACUUCUUCCAUGACUGGAGGAAGGAAAUGACCUCAGAGGAGCAAGAGAUAAUCAAGGAACUGGACAAAUGUGACUUCGGAGAGAUCCACAGAUAUUUUGUGGAGAAAAAUGAGGCUCGGAAAGGGCUUCCCAAGGAGGAGAAGCAGAAGCUGAAGGAGGAAGCGGAUAAGAUCCAGGAGGAAUAUGGAUACUGCAUUCUGGAUGGACACCGGGAGAAGAUUGGCAACUUCAAAACUGAACCUCCAGGGCUCUUCCGUGGCCGUGGGGAGCACCCCAAAAUGGGGAUGCUGAAGAAGAGGAUCAUGCCAGAAGAUGUCAUCAUCAACUGCAGCAAGGAUUCCAAGAUUCCCGAACCUCCAGAAGGUCACAAGUGGAAAGAGGUGCGCUUUGACAACACGGUCACCUGGCUGGCCUCGUGGACAGAGAACAUCCAGAACACCUUGAAGUACAUCAUGCUGAAUCCCAGCUCCAAGCUGAAGGGGGAGAAGGACUGGGAGAAAUACGAGGUAGCUCGGCGCCUAAAAGAUGUUGUCCACACAAUCCGGGCUCAGUACAGGAAAGACUGGAAAUCCAAGGAGAUAAAGAAGCGGCAAAGAGCAGUGGCCCUCUACUUCAUUGAUAAGCUGGCCCUGCGAGCUGGGAAUGAGAAGGAGGAAGGGGAGACUGCGGACACGGUCGGCUGCUGCUCCCUGCGCGUGGAGCACAUCCAGCUGCACCCCCAGCUGGAUGGGCAGGAGCACGUGGUGGAGUUCGACUUCCUCGGGAAAGACUCCAUCCGUUACUACAACAAAGUGUCUGUGGAGAAGCCGGUGUUCAAGAACCUGCAGCUGUUCAUGAAGAACAAGGACCCCACCGAGGACCUCUUUGACCACCUCAGUACCACCUUCCUGAACAAACACCUCCAGCGCCUCAUGGAUGGUUUGACGGCCAAAGUCUUCAGGACCUACAACGCUUCCAUCACCCUGCAGGAGCAGCUCAAGGCCCUCACCAACCCUGAAGACAACAUUGCAGGAAAGCUCCUGUCCUACAACCGAGCCAACAGGGCCGUGGCCAUCCUGUGCAACCAUCAGAGGUCUAUACCAAAAACCUUUGCCAAGUCCAUGCAAGUCCUCCAGGAAAAGAUCGAUGCCAAGAAGAAACAAGUGGAGGAAGCCCAGGAAGAAGUGAAAAAAGCUGAAGAUGAGUUUAAAGACACAAAAGAUGCCAAAGCAGAACUCAAUGUGGAGAAGAAGAAGAAGCUGUUGAAGAGGCUGGAGGAGCAAUUGGCCAAGAUGAACAUCCAGGCCACGGACAAGGAAGAGAACAAGCAAAUAGCCCUGGGCACAUCCAAGCUGAAUUAUCUGGAUCCCAGGAUUACCGUGGCUUGGUGCAAGAAGUUUGGGAUUCCCAUCGAGAGGAUCUACAACAAGACCCAGAGGGAGAAGUUUGCCUGGGCCAUCGACAUGGCUGGCGAGGACUUUGAAUUCUGAGCCGGAGCUUUCCACGUUAAAUCCCAAAUCCUGCUCAUUUGGUGCUGUUGGGAAGCUUUUUUGUUUUUUUUUUAAUUUGCUGGUGGCUGAGGGU